GGAUCCAAAUCCCCAUUUUUACAAAACACACACAAAAAAAAGCACAAUUCUUGCAAAGCUUUUUAUAAAAUGCACCAAUUUUUACAAAUUUCGUUGGUCCAUGCAUUAUUAAAUUAAAUAUGCUUUAAGUGGAAGGAAAUAAGAUCAACUUUAUACAUAUGGCUCUUGCAAAAACCCAUUUGGGUAUCUCAGUUCUUGUUUCUUCUCUGUUGAUCCUUACAGGUAGCGAGAGUUCUCAGGGGCAUGUCAACAAACAUGUCGCCCUCUUCAUUUUCGGUGAUUCACUUUUUGACCCUGGGAACAACAACACAUAUAUAAACACUAUAACUGAUCUCCAAGCGAAUUUUUGGCCCUAUGGCGAAUCCUACUUCCAUCCUCCAAGUGGGAGAUUCUCCGAUGGCCGUAUCAUUCCUGAUUUCAUCGCUGAGUUUGCUGGACUACCUCUCAUUCCUACAUAUCUGGACCCCCAUAAUAAUGAAUUUCUGUAUGGAGCAAACUUUGCAUCCGCAGGAGCUGGCGUAUUAGAUGAAACACUACCUUCAAGUAUAACGCUCAAGACACAGCUACAAUAUUUCACUGAUUUAGUCAAACAGUAUAGGAAGAAUUUAGGUGAUGUGAAAGCCGAGCAGCUAUUAUCCGAUGCCGUUUACUUGUUCAGUUGUGGAAGCAACGACUAUCAAAGUAAUUUAUAUCAGGAGGAGUCCGUGGGAAUGGUGAUCGGAAACUUGACUCAAGUGUUUAAGGCAAUCCAUGAAAAAGGAGGAAGGAAAAUUGGAAUCACUUCGCUCACAUCAUUAGGCUGUUUGCUACCAGUUCGAGCAGAAAGACCAGACAAUACAUGCGAUGAAAAACUUAACAUCAUAUCAAGUCUACACGAUAAGGCACUUUCCAAGAAACUACAAGAUCUGACUCAACAAUGGGAAGGAUUCAUGUAUUCAACGUUCGAGCUCCAGACUGAGAUUACCAAACGGAUGAAAAACCCAUCAAAAUAUGGUUUAAAGGUAGGAAACAGUGCAUGUUGUGGUACUGGACCUUUUCGAGCUAUUAAUAGUUGUGGAGGGAAGAGGGAACCACGAGAGUUUGAAUUGUGUGAUAACCCUAACGAUUAUUUAUUGUUCGAUCCCUUUCAUCCUACUGAAGGAGCGAACCUGCAAUUAGCAAAGCUGUAUUGGGAGGGAGAUUCCAAAGUCGCAUCACCCUACAACUUAAAAAGCAUGUUUCAAGGCAUGCAUAAUGAUAUUGUCCAACAUACCAACUUAGCUGCUAGAUUCAUGGACUAGUUCAUCACAAGCUUGAAGACAAGUUUCUGUGCUCACGUGUUUUUUCUAGUUCUAGCAGUUUAUCUUCCAGUUCAACUUCACCAAUAACAUCUACAAGCAUAUGAUAGAAUAUGUCCACAUGAUAUAAACUCAUAUAUAGUAUAAUAUGAAAAUGUGAUGUAUUUAUAUUAUUUGUUCGGCAUAAGGUAAAAAAUUACCAAUUGAAUUAUUAGAUGGACUUGUUGCAGAAA